AUGAUGGACGUAAGCAGCAUGUAUGGCAAUCAUCCCCAUACGAAUGCCUACCAGGUGGCUGGUGGCGCCACUGGUGCCGCCAGCAAUGGUGGCUAUAGUAGCAAUAACAGUUACUUCCCCUCGCCGCCCGGUGGUCAUAAUCAGCACCAGCAUCACACCUUGGCCUACAACGGUUAUGAGAGUAGCUCGCCAAAUUAUUAUCAGACGACCAUGCAACAGCAACAUCUGCACCACCAACAACUAACGCCCCCACCACAAUCCCAACAGCAACAACAACAACAGCAGCAGCAACAUCAGCAACAACAACAGCAACAACAACAGCUCUAUACGCACUCCCAUCUCUUUAGUCCAAGUGCCGCCGAGUAUGGCAUUACAACGAGUGCGUCGUCAACGGGUGCGGGUCCCAAUGGCACGCCCAUGCAUCCCACUAGUCACUCGCCCACCGACUCCUACUAUGAGAGCGACUCGGUCUCUGUGCAUUCCUAUUACGCCACAGCGGCGGUGGCCACUGUGCCGCCCGCCAACAACUCACCCGUAACGGCCACCAAUGCCACACAACAACUGCAGCACCACCAUCAGCAGCAGCAGCAACAGCAACAGCAGCAGCAACAACAGCCGAACAUUGCCAUGGAUCCGCCCAUCAUCAGUUCCGAGAACGGUCUAAGCUACACAAAUCUGGACUGCCUCUACAAUCAGUGCUCCAAUGUGGUGGCGCCACAGCCGCCGGUUCAAGCGCACGGCUACACGGCCAUGCAUUCAAAUGGCGGUCAAAUGGAGGAGAAAUAUGCCGCCGUCUUGCAUGCCGGCUAUGCGGCACCACCGCCCGGCCUAGUGCUCGAGGAUUCAAUCAUACAGCUGGCAGCUGGGCAGCAGCAGGCAUCGCCACAAUUGUGGCACCACCACCAGCACAUGGCCGGUGGCUAUGCUCUGGAUGCGGCGGGUAUUCCCAUGGACUCCCUUGGCAUGCAUGCGCACAUGCACCAUGGUCUGGGUCACCACCUGACCUCGGCCGCACAGCAGGUGCAACAGCAACAUCACCAGCAUCAGCACCAGCAGCAACAACAACAGCAACACCAGCAGCAACAGUCGCAACCACAGACGCCGCAGCCCCAAGCAACGCCGCCCAAUGGCGUUGGCGGCUGCAUGGGUCUGGCUCGAAACCAGCGCGUCAUCUCGCCCGGUAGCUCCACAUCGUCCUCGACAGCAUCGGCCGCGACUUCCAAUGCGACCCACCAGUCCAACGCACAAUCAAAAUCGCCGAAUCACGCCGCCAACAUACCCACAUACAAAUGGAUGCAGCUAAAGAGGAAUGUUCCAAAGCCUCAAGCACCAAAGCUACCUGCCACCAUACACGAUUACCAGCUGAACGGACAGCUCGACAUGUGCCGGGGCGGCGGCGUCGGCGUCGGCGGUGGCAGCGGCGUCGGGAACGUCGGCAGCAACGGCCAUGGCAGCGGCGUUGUCGUUGGUGGCAACGUCUUGUCCGGCCAGAAUCCCCUGCUGCUAGCGAACAAUGCCGGACCGGGCGGCCCAGCCAGCGGUCUGGGCGUGGGCAUCGGCGGAGGCGCGGGCGGAGCUGGCUUGAGCAGCUGCAGCCUGUCGGCAGCCACGACCAACAACUCGGGUCGCACGAACUUCACCAACAAACAGUUGACCGAGCUGGAGAAGGAGUUCCAUUUCAAUCGCUAUUUGACGCGUGCGCGUCGCAUCGAAAUCGCCAAUACGCUGCAGCUGAAUGAGACACAGGUGAAGAUAUGGUUUCAAAAUCGUCGCAUGAAGCAGAAGAAGCGUGUCAAAGAGGGUCUCAUACCCGCCGAUAUUCUAACAACGCAACACAACACGCCCGCAGGCAACAGUGAGAAGCAGCAGCAACAACAACAACAACAGCAGCAGCAGCAGCAACAACAACAACAGCCCCAAACAGAGCUCCAAUUGAAAUCACCCGAAAUGGCCAACAAC